CUCCAGCAAUGUUUGGAUGGCAUUUGACAGCAGCAUGGGUGGAAGCAGCAUCUGACACGGUCCCGACCCAGACCGCGGAUCAGCGAAAUGGCCAGAAACUUUGAACCCGUUGAAGUUGGGAGCUUCCACUGGUGCACGGUCUUACCUUUCUGUCACCCUGAAAGAAAUUCGAGAUAGCAUGACUGAAGGGCAGCAGCUGCGCGUAGUGCCCCUGCACGAGCGCUGGGAGCUGGUGGACACGUGCGCCAACCUCCUCAAUGCCCAGUGGACCCGGAGCCACGCUGCCCGUGUGCACUCCCUACGCCAGUCCUGCCCGUCCUUCCCUGUCUGCCUGGUGCUGUUGCGCCGCCACCACCCCCAGAACCAGGCUGCGGACUCGGGCACCCCUGGGAGUGACACUGUGCUGGGUCAUGCCCGCUUGUCCAGGGUGCUGGGCUGCAUGAAUCUGUUUGUGGAGUCGGUGGUGGUGUCCCGAACGGAGAGGGGUAAAGGUUUCGGCCGGGCACUGAUGGAGGGCGUGGAGGCGUACGCGCGGCAGAGGGGCUUCAGGCGCCUGUGCCUCACCACCCACGACCAGCAGUACUUCUAUGCCCACCUGGGCUACGUGCUGUCCGUGCCCGUGCAGAACGUGACCAACGUGGGCCGCUUCAUGCCCAGCGAGCUCCUCUACAAGCUUUCCCAAACUUCGCUGACGGAGGAGGCGGCAGGAGGAGGAGGAGGAGCUGAGCAGAAUGGAUGCGUGAAACCACCUGUCAGGAGACCAGAGCGGACCAAUGCAACACCACCUGCCGCUCCCCCUCUCCAUGGACCUCCUCCUCCUCCACCAUCUCUUCCCACUCCUCCUCCACCUCCUCCUCCACCAUCUCUUCUCACUCCUCCACCUCCACCUCCACCUGGACCACCUCCUUGUAUGUCUCCUCCUCCACCUCCUCCUCCUCCUCCACCACCACUGUCUGCCCCUUCCUCUGCUCCCCUGGCCCCAGCCCCUCCUCCGCCUCCUCCACUCCCCUCCUCCGCCACUAGGGCCCCAAAGCUUCCUGUGGUCCAGACGCUGGAGGUCACCCCUUACACAGACGCCAAAGGCAUGGCCAUAUUCUGGAUGCACAAGGACAUCUGACGCGAA